ACGAAGGGACGAAGGGACAUCAACAAAAGACUCGAAGCACUCAAUGUACAAGACCGUGAAGCCGUGAAGAUUAUACUAGUAAUAAGCCGUGACGAUCCAAGCACGGAAGCUCCUCACCUCUCACCCCUUUAACGUUAGGGGGCCAUUCUCAAUUUUGUUUUGCUCUUAAUUAAAUAUCCCCCAAAUUAAUUUGGGAAUUUGGGCGGUGCAGAGGAGUAAACCACCGACACUGUCCUCGUACAACUCUACGGUAGCUGUACGUACGAUACGUACGUGCACUUUCCAGAAACGGAGCUGCGUGACCGCAAUCGCAAUAUUAUUGCAGUGCCGUGAAGUCACACUCACCACUACCAGUAUACACAGUAACAAAAACAACAUGGAGGGAGAUGGCAUCGAAGUCGAUGAUGUGGAAGCAAGGAGGAAAGAUGAACCUCAAGACUCCGACACAUUGAAUGGUGGGGGAGGAGAAGGAGAAAAGAUGCCACUGACAUUGCCACAGUCAUCCACUCUGGAAGAAGGAUUAGCAACUGUUGAGGGUGAUGAUGCUACCCAGAACGAAGUAGAUUUGAGCAGCACCACUCAAUUUUGCAUCAGGAUUGGUCAAGCCGCCUUCUUAUAUGGAUCCCCUGGUACCAAUGUAGAACGAUUCUUGGAACAUAUAAUGAAGCAAUAUGGCUUUUAUGGCAUGUUCCGUUCCACUCAGUCAGAACUCUUUUGCUCCGUGGCAGAGUCGGAAACUGAAACGCCACAAACCACAAUGGUACCCAUUGUGUGUGCAUUGGACAUGUACAAACUGGCACUCUUGGCAGAUUUGGCAAACAAAGUCCUAUCCGAGGAAGUCACUCAAAAAGCUUCACUUAUCGAGUUGGACAAAAUUGCCAAAACACGCAAACUUUGGGGAAACCCUGUGAUAAACGCAACCCGCGUUGUUGCCGGUGCUGCCAUUGCCAACUUACUAGGGGGGUCCUGGUGGGAUAUUCUCAUUUCUGGUUGUGGCAGCUGUGUUUGCUCCCUUACCGUGAUGAUACUACCCAAAAUUGGCAACCAUGGUGCCUUUGCACAAUAUAUACAAUUCGUGGCUGCCUUUGUGACAGCUUCCUUUGCCAACCUGGUGAAACUUGGACUGGCAGACUUAAAUGUGCUCAUCUGCACUACAAGUGCUAUCAUCACCCUUACUCCUGGAUUUAAAGUGUCAGUGGGAGUGGCAGAGAUUGUCUCCGAUAGAAUUGUGUCCGGCUUGGCCAAGUUGGCCAAAGGUUUCAUUGUGCUCCUUUGGCUCGUUGUGGGAGCAUGGCUUGGCAUUUCCUUUAUCGAUGCGGUUGCCAAUGUACCAUCCAACGAAAACAAGACUGUGCCACUUCCAAUGGCAUGGCAUGCUCUGUUUGUACCACUUGCCUGCGUCUGCUUGAUCUUUGUCUUCCAAGUUGGCACUCGAGAUGCCCCUUGGGCAUUGCUAAUCGAGGGAGUGACCUAUGGGUCCAACUAUGGCUUCAGCAAGUUGAAGGACAAGAAUCUUGGCGUGUUUUUGUCCACAGUGGUCCUUGUAGUGAUAGCCAAUGGAUGGGCAAAACUCAUGAAUCGGCCGGCUUCACUGGUCCUUGUACCCUCUCUUGUGUUGCAGGUCAGUGGCAGCAUUGGUUUUCAAGGACUUUUCCAUGUGAUAGAAGGACAAGCAGAGCUUGGAACAGCACAGUUUGAACAAAUGUUGAUAAUUGCUUUGAUGAUUGUGGUGGGCUUGCUGGCGGGAAACACCGUACUACCACCUGGAACCACUUUGUAA